GAGAGUUUACAUCAAUUGGGGGUAUCACAACCGGAUGGAUUUACAAAGAAACGGGUGCAAGUUAUUGGUCAUUUAAAGCUGAUUAUCCUUAUAUUCUGUUUAUAUUAAUUUGUCUAUAUGCUUUGAUUUAAAAAGAACCAAAAACCAUUUACGUAGCAGUAACUUAAUAGCAUUAUAAUAUCUUAAUCUGAUAUUCAAGCGUUUGGUGAGCAGGAGGCUGGUCUGGGACAUCCUCCCUUUACUGUAAGUUCUGUUUCUUACCUUCUCUUAAACGGCUCUCUUAAAUGCACUGCUGCUUUGGCAAGUGAUCAAACUACAAGCGCUUGACCUGAUUCCACAACUGCACACUCAAGAUAAAGGGAAGAAAUGAAUGACUCCUUGUCAAAUCUCUCUGGAAAUGCAUCUUGUGAAGAAGGCAGCACUAAUGACUUCAAACGCAUUAUGUACCCUGUAGUGUACAUAAUCAUUUUUGUCCUGGGCAGUGCCGGCCACUCUUUAUCUAUCUGCGUCUUUUUCAGCCUAUGGAGAAAGCAAAAGAGUUUUACGCCAGUGAACUUGUUAAUGGUGAACCUGUUGCUGUCGGACUUGAUGAUGGUGUGCUCUUUGCCCUUGAGGAUCUCUUACUACCUGCUGGACAAGUGGCCGUUUGGCGAUGUCGCCUGUCGACUCAUCUUUUAUGUGUUUUAUCUCAACAUAUACAUCUCGGUGUAUUUUCUGGUGGCUCUCAAUAUCUUGCGUUACUUUGCGCUGGUAUGGCCAUACCUGUACAUACGCAUACAGACCUCCUGCGUUGCGGGUAUCGUGUGUGCAGUCAUCUGGUUGUUGAUGGCUUUGGCCAGCAGUCCGCUGUUUUUCUCCAAGAAAGGAAAACAAGAGGGAAGUCCUCGGUGCCUGGAUCUGUCAACAGAAAACGUGGACAGAUUGCUUUAUAUCAACAAUGUGUCUCUUCUCAUGGGCUUUGUGGUGCCUUUGCUGGUCAUCAUUUUUUGCUCCAUCUUUGUUGCGAAGAGUCUUCUGACACCCAGUCCUGCUCUGGGUAGGACCAGGCCGUGCAGGAAGAAGGCAUGCGCUUUGGUCAUCAUCAGUCUUGGGAUCUUUCUGGUGUGUUUCUUGCCAUAUCACGUUGUACGGACGAUCUUCCUAACUGCUGAGAAACAGCUCAGGAUGAAUGGAAAGGAAGACUCAUGUAACUACAUUUGGAUGGUCCGUAAGGCCGCCGUCAUAACACAUUGUUUGUGUACGACCAACAGCUGUCUGGAUCCCAUUCUGUUCUUCUUCGUUGGGGAAAAUUUCAAAUCGUUCUCGGACAAAUUUUUAGGACGGAGAAAAAUGAUCAAUGAGAGGACCCUGCGACAGGAAGAACUACAGGUUUUACAGAAGUGAAGAAAGAACAGACUUGAGGUACCUCAUUCUUUCGCAAAUGCAGGAAACAAUGUUUUUACUUUUUUAAGGGGUUGAAUUGUUUCCAGGUUUGGCUGUUGGUUGCUAGUAAGCAUUUUUUUACUGUAUGAGGUGGCUUGUCUGCACUGGCAUCAGCAUUGCAUUGCAGAUCAUUUACAUAAAGUUGAACUCUGUCACUGUCAUCAUUUGUUGGCCACUUGUAAAUAUGUAAAUAUAAAAUGUGAUGUCACAUCUCACAGUUGGAAGAGAUUUGUAAAUCUAUUGUUAUGCUCAAUGUGACAGCUGCAAAAAUUUAAGUCCCGUCAUAGAGUUGAGAGAGCCAAUCACUUAUUUAUUUACUUUACGCACGUUCGCUGCACAGCCUGAAAAAUUUGUGAUUUGAGUUAAAUGCAAUUUUUUUAAAUCAGUGUUGUUUGAUUUUAUGCCUUGUUUCAAAUAUAUUGGAAUUGAACCUUGA